CUGACACUGAGGAGCCGAGUGACCACCAGGGCACAACGAGUCCACCACCACCCGCGGACGGGGCAAAGAUGGAGAUCCCUUCUCGAACACCCGUCUGGCCCCAUGCACUAGACUUAGUUCGCAACUCGCCAAAAGGAACAAAUGAAACGGUGUACGUGGUGUUGAAGGUCCUCCUUGGAGUCUCAUCUCGAUAAUCUGGUUGUCUUCUAUACCCCAUCUGUUUCUGUCUUCUACCUCUACCCAUCUCGGUUGCUUGCCUAUCUACCUCUCUACCUUACUUGACUACUUCCAUCAGCAACAUCAACAGCCAUUAUUUGUUAGUGAUAAUAUUUUCCAUCGGCGGUCAAUAUCACCCACCUCCAACAUGAGUGUCCCAAAGUCAGAAUAUCUCAGCUCCGUAUGGGCACCCGGCAUCUUUGCCAACCGGGUUGUCUUCGUCACCGGUGGUGCCGGCACCAUCUGCAGUGCGCAAACUCGCGCUAUGGUCCAUCUGGGAGCGGACGCAUGCAUCAUUGGUCGCAACCCAGAGAAGACUGAGAAAGCUGCCAAAGACAUCGCCAAGGUCCGCUCCGGAGCUCGUGUCAUUGGCAUUGGCAAUGUCGAUGUCAGGAAUUUCGACAACCUCAAGGCGGCCGCUGAGCGGUGCGUCAAGGAGCUGGGAGCCAUCGACUUUGUCAUCGCUGGUGCCGCUGGAAACUUCAUUGCUCCUAUUUCCGGGUUGAGCCCUAACGCCUUCAAGACUGUGAUCGACAUCGACACCAUUGGUACUUUCAACACCGUCAAGGCCACUAUUCCUUACCUCAUCGAGUCGGCUGCCAGGAACCCGAACCCCAACCCAAAUGGCCUCACUGGCGGUCGCAUCAUCUCGGUUUCCGCUACCUUCCACUACUCAGGCAUGCCCCUGCAGGCCCAUGUGUCCGCUGCCAAGGCCGCCGUGGAUUCCCUCAUGGCCAGCGUCUCUCUUGAAUACGGCCCCUACGGUGUCACUGCCAACGUGAUUGCUCCCGGUGCCAUUGAAGGUACCGAGGGUAUGGAGCGCCUGGCCAGCAGCGCUGUCGACAAGAAGAAGAUGACCAAGGCUGUUCCCAGCGGCAGAUGGGGAAGCCGCCGUGAUAUCGCUGACGCCACUGUUUACCUAUUCAGUGAUGCCGGUAACUAUGUCAAUGGUACCACUCUCGUCGUUGAUGGCGCUGGCUGGAGGCGACAGGGAGGAAACGACAUUGGCAUUGACGAAGGCAUGGAGUAUCCCGACUUCCUGUUUACUGGCCAGAUCAGCAAAAACCUGAAAGACGGGAGAAAGCAAAAGUCCAAGCUUUAAGCAUGGGAGUUCGAAAAUGUCCUCAGUUUGUCACACUGGAGCGUUUGUGAUACCAUCGGGCCAUGCCACGACAGCAUGAUUGCAAGGCGUUCGGGUCGGAGCAGGCGUGCUCAGUGAUUGCAUAUUUCUCUGCUACUGGUGACGAGUUCGGUGUUAUAUCAGGCAAAUCAAACAAAGAUCCUCGAAGAAAAUUUACAGACAAACCACGGGCAUCUACAAUGACGGGCAUCGGUCGAGUUUGUGAGGUGUGAGUUCCGGGUGUCUCCGGGCCGAGCCAAGUUCAUGAUGCACAUCGGGCCUUGACUGUCUCUUAUCGCUGCCGGCAGUUCGGCCGGGGGUGGCGGGGAGGGGCGGUAGGUACCUUGCCAUUAAAAAUCUUAACGGGCGAGCGCGAUCACAUACCCCACCACCAGAGAGUACCUGUUAGUCAGGGCCGUUGACAAGAUUUAUAGGGCUUAUCUACUGGGAUUCUACGUUUGCGGUCCAGAAAUGAUGUGGAUGUUGUCGAGUGUCUUUUGUUUACUUUCAGAUCUGCUGAUGCGUGGUGUAGAUAACAGACCAAUCCUUUCUCCGCGGUACUUUAUUGUUCUAUACUUGUAGUAUAGUGUAUUUUGCUACCAUCAAAGUGAUGAUUCAUCGCUGUU